GUUUUGGAAGUGAUAACUGAUGCGGUUUGAAGAGGAGCAGCCUCUCGUCGAGCCAGCACAUAAAUAAUUACGAAAGUUUAUCGGAUGGCUGGAUUGGUUGUCAAAGGCAAUGGAAUUAUGAAAGGUGUAUAAAUAAUUUAAAAAGUUAUAAGAAGCAAACGUAGGGUGCAAAAAAUUAGGGGUCAGCGCAGUGUCUCGUUUUUUUGCUUGGCCUGUGCUCUCUCUCUCUCUCUCUCUCUCUAUCGCCUUGAAUCUCGAUAUGGUUAGCUAGAUUCGGUCAUUCCGAUGGUUUGGCGGGCGAUGGCCACUCGCAGAUGUUGGUUCGUUUCUCUGUGAAUCGCUGGCCUUCGCGUCAGGUAAUUCGCUUUAGCUUCCUUGUCUGUGGCUUGCUCAAUCGUUGAUCGCAUACGCACAAGAAGAUGUGGAGCGAUGGCCGUUUUUACUGGGGAAAGAAGGAAAUUGAGGCAAAGGGAAUCGUGGUGGCGUUUGUGUGGAUGUCCAGUCAGGAGAGGAACGUGAGGCCUUAUGUGCAGCUCUACUCUUCUCUCGGAUGGAAUUCGCUUGUCUGCCACUCUAAUUUACUCAAUCUGUUUUUCCCUGAUAAAGCCAUGUCACUUGCGCUUGGCAUCCUAGAUGAGCUUAUCAAGGUGGUCAAGAUCAAACCAUGCCCUAUUGUGUUAGCUGCAUUUUCUGGUGGAACGAAAGCUUGUAUGUACAAGUUUCUUCAGAUAAUCAGUGGGAGCAUAGAAGGACGUUUAAGUCAGAAUGAGUAUCAGCUAGUCAGAGACUGUAUCUGUGGACAAACAUAUGAUUCAACCCCUGUUGAUUUUACCAGUGACGUGGGCACUAAAUUUGUUCUUCAUCCAUCCAUUUUGAAAAUGUCUAGUCCACCAAGAUUGGUAUCUUGGGCUGCUAAGGCAUUGUCUUCCACUUUGGAUGCUCUGUUCCUUACCAGACAUGAGGCACAGCGUGCGGAGUAUUGGCAAACUUUGUAUGCUUCAGUUAGCAUGGGUCCAUUUCUUAUCUUUUGUUCAGAAGAUGAUGAUCUUGCUCCUUAUCAUAUAAUAUUAAAUUUUGCAAAACGAUUGCAAGAUCUUGGUGGAGAUGUUAAACUUGUCAAAUGGCAAAUUUCAACUCAUGUAGGACAUUAUAAACUUUUCCCCACAGAAUACAGAAAUGCUGUAACUGAGUUUCUAGUGAAAUCAGCUUUUCUUUAUUCCCAGAGAAAUCAGCAACCUCCUGGUGGAACAUCAGGUAAUGGUUUGGGGUCUAACGAGAUAUCCAAGUCGGUCUGCAAUCUCCAUAAAGCUGCAGUUAACUCAAACCAGAGUUUUGGACGAGUUGCAGUUGGACCAAGUGAUCACUUUUUCUUGCCUAGUUCAAUGGAAUUUCUUGAUGCCAAGGGCAUGGGACCAGAGCAAGAUGAGCGCAGAGAAAAUUUACCUCCUCUCUCUAAUCCCCCAAGCAUCAACCCUCGCGGUGUGCUGGGUAAAAUACUGUUUGAUGUGUGUGUUCCCAAGAACAUUGAAGGUUGGGAUGUCAAGCACAUGGAUUUGUUGCCCCGCCAUGUAUUUUCUUCUGCACAUGCCAGUGCCAACUUUAACCCACUCAAAUGUAUCAGGCGGUCAAGAUUGUAAAUUCUAAUGUGGGCUGUCAUGUACACCAGUGCAAUGAAAAUCAAAUUAGAGAAACAGAAAUUCUUCUCUGGUGGUGACCUCUUGUUGGUCCCUUUGCAAUAAGAGAGCAGGAUGGAGACCGUUACAGGGCCGAAGGUUUUGAAUAUCAUUUCUGUAAAUGUGUGCAAUCAAUUUCCAAAUAUGAUAUGGAGAUUACAAGUAAUUGUUAUGAUGAUGCCCACAUAAAUAGGCGACCGCCUCCGUUUUCUGAGAUUAUUGUAGAGGACGAUGAUAACUUGAUAGCUUGGAUUUUGUAAAUGGGAUAGAGUGACCUUUGUAAUUAGCACUUUACUGAAAAAUAUGAUGUUUCUAUUUCUUGCCAA